CGAUGUUACCCAAGAGGGUUACACUAAUUGCGAGUACUAUGUGUGAAUUACGCGACUACCAUGCGUCAAGCCAAUUUUGACGAGAGCGCGGUUCAUCCGUUUUGCUUGUUCCAUUCAGCAAAAGAAGCUCGGGUGAUUGGAGUAACACAGAGUCUUUCACUGCUCGCUAUGGAAUAAUCACGCGAUUUUAGGAAACAAUGUUCAAAAGUAAUGCAUGUACAAUACCCCAUAGCAAUUUAUCAUAUCGGCCUCUUCACCAUGACAUUCUACAGAGACGAAUGGGGAUCAGAUAUAAGGACUCAAAGUCCCCAUUUUGCAAUUUAGAUCACCGUUGGUUCAUGGUCAGUGAAUAUGUCCGAAAACCAUGGAAAUCCCGAGUUCCCCGAUGAACAAGGCAUGCUCCAUAUGAUUAGGACGUUGCAACUGAUCAAAAAAGAGGUUGCUGGCUUGGAAGAAAUGGCGAAGGCGGAACUGUUUCCAUCCUCUCCGCCAACCCCAUCCUCACGACGCAAAGGGGAACAGAUCUUGGAGGGACUCCAGUAUUGCAUCAAACAGUACAAGAGUGCAAUUGAUUCUUCGCCGCCAGUGUACCCUUGUUUAUCCAAACUUGCGAGGGAGCAAGCAGAGUACAAGUCUUUACAAAGUCACGGCCUCUACGAACUCUUGACUUUUCAAAGGACUUUGUUAUACAAUCUGGACGGUCGAUCACCGUUCCCUCUUCCCAAGAUCAACGAAACCCUUUUUCGUCGCUGGUCAUUCAACUGGACAACUGAUGGCAUGCGUCACCGCCGAAUGGUCGCUUGCCGCAUCGGGCUUUUACUGUCAAAAGCGGAGCCGACAUCACCCACGGGUUGUCUUGACGUGCGAGAACAAUUGUAUUACAUCCUGAACAAUGAUGAAGGAGAUAUGCAGCUAUACCAAGCAUGGGAGAACCGGACUAAACAGAAAAUCGGACCAAAACACCUCUGGCUCUUCGACACCCAAGUCGAUCCCGACUUGGAGUGGACUUGCUUAGUUUACGCGACUGGGCAACUUAUGGAGCGUGAGACGCAGUAUCGGCUACGCAUGGAACGAUGGGAGAAGGCAGAUCGCGAAAGCCACGGCCGCCUUCAACGAGAGGCAAAAAGGUCCGGACGGCUAGAACCUUUACGAGGUCUCUCUUGUAUCUGGGGGAACAACAACCUCAUUUCUGCAAUCGACAACCUCCUAUUACAGGUUGGACUGCCUGGAGAAGUGGCUAGACCUUGGUGAAUUUCGCAAGUAUCGGAUCCUCGACAACGACGUCGC